UCUUACCAUUAACAACAUUAUUUUUUAUUAUAAUUUUAUCAUUUACUUUCUCUCUCUAUCUCUCUCCUUUUCAUUGAAACCUGUUGUCUUCACAUGAUCAGCUGUGAGCAUGGAGCGGGAGUCAUUUAUUUUAACGGAUUGAACAACUUACAAGCCAAAAUUUGAUCAGAUCAAUCACAACCAUCCAUCAAUCAACAUUGAAGAUUUGUACAGAAACUGCUGUUUAUUAUAAUCAGCUUUCAACAAUUCCAAACUUUCUCAAUUAUAAUAUUGAAAUUAAUCAUCAGCAUUCCUUUCAAGACAUCUUCAUCAUUCCCAAAGCUUUAAGCUAUCCAACUCAUUGGUCUUUUGUGUUCUCAGUGUUGUCAUCAUAAUUUGGGUUUCACCAGUUUCCUGUGGACUUUCAGUGUUUCAUAUUUAUUUGCAUUUUAUUCAUCUUUAGGUUGAUUAGGCAGCCUUGUUUGCCUAUGCAAUUGUCGUUAUCUUUGGGUUUGUAAACCCAGAUGACAAUGUGAUGAUCAUUUUUGUUGAAACAAAAAUUGUAUUCCAUUUGGAUAAAACUUGUGUCCAUCAACUUAUCUUGUGAUAUGUCUCCUGAAUCGGGUUGGUUUGAUGCCUUUCGACCCAAUGGAGGUCCACCAUUGUAUCUUGAUCCCAAUCGAACUUCUUCCUUGAUUGAUUCAAGAAUUUUUUUCAUUCUGUUAACAUUUGCCACAGCAGAGAUUGCAUUCCUUCUAGUUUUACCUGGAAUACGAAAAGAGAAAAUAUCAACCUUUAUAAUAGUUAGUUUAUCAUUGUUUAUUGGAUGUACAAUUACAGUUGCUCAUUGUGGUUCCAGUUGGCAUAUAGCUGAAGCUUCAAUAUCUAGUCCUUAUCGAGCAUUUUCAAAGCAAAAGAUAUUUGCUGAUGUUGGUGUUUAUAUUGGAUUACAGAGUGUUAAUAUUACAUUAAAAGCUAAAGCGACUCAUCAUAAAAGAGCCGAGGAAAUUGAUUACAAUGAACGUUUCUACUGGAUUGAGGCCACAGGAAUGAAACAAGAAUAUCAAAAUGCUCUUGCCAAAGGACUUCCUUUUCCCAUUUUAACUAUCUUAGAGUAUUUAAGUAAAGCCGAUGAAGGAUUUUGUUGGGGCAAAAAAUAUCGUUUAGCAGGUCAUUACGGUUCAACUCUUUUAACUAUGUCAUUUUGUUUGUGGAUUUUCAUGAUAGUCUUACUAUGUGCGGUUCCUCGAUACGGAAUUUACGCCUUACAGUCAACUGGUGCUCUCAUGUUAUUAACAAACGCUCUUUACAGUGUACUAUUGCCUGCCAAUCCACUCAGGAUUCCUUUUGAAGGAGGUGUUCUUAGUUUCAGUUAUGGCUGGUCAUAUUGGCUGGUUCUAGGUGCAGGUUCAUCGGCACUGGCAGUGGGAACAAUUUUAGCCAUUAUUGAUAUACUUUUUCCAAAUAAAUUUUCAACAAUCUUGGAGGUUGAUUAUGAUACACCUUAUAGAUAUUUUGUUGGCAAUGAUGCCCAUCUAUUUGGUGGUCUUGCUAACAAUUGUAUUAAUAACGGUAAUUGCCAUCAAUCAAAUCAUCACCAAGUAGCUUCCAUAACCAAUAGUGCAUCAACCGAAUCAACUUGUUAUGGUAAUGCAAUGCGUAAUGGACUACAAAAGUCACCUUCCUCAAAAUUUGCCGUCUCAAAGCAAAAAAGUGAUGCUUCAGUUUGCACAAAUGAAUCUUUUCCAGUUACAAAGUCUAAUAUUGGCCAUACCAAUGGUAACAGUUUAGUUACAACACGAGCAAUUAUCGAGAAACAAGGACAAGAUAAUGAAGCUUUCGAUGACGAAGAUAGACACAAUAUAAUUGGCAAGAAACGGGAUAAAAAACUGAGUCUUAAAUCACAGCCUUCAUCUUCUUCGGCCACUCCAUCAACAUCUUCAGCCUCCUUAACAGCUUCCAUUUCAGCGUCAUCUUCCUCCACAGGAAUCAAUAGUGAUCCAAAUGAAAUUAGUACUGAACUUGUCCAUGGUAAAAGAGCUGUUUCAUUGAGUAAUUUUGGCCUUUUCACUGCGCGACAGCAACAAAGCCAACAACAGCGAACCAGUAACCAACACCCUUUCACAAGAAAUGAUGCCAUGCUAAUUAAAUCAUCUCCAAUCCCGGGUACUCAUCUUUAACUCCAGUAAAUCAACUGAAAAAUAAAUUUGCUCACUUUACUUUAAUGGAAAAGUAUAAUUGAACUCUCUCUUCUUGAAAUCAUUUUUAUACACUCAUGGGAUGAUCACGAAGUUACAUGAAAAAGUACAUCUAUGCUGUUAAUAUUGUGUGGCGUUUUGUGUUGAUAACAAGUUUUGGCCUAUUGUGUUAAACGACUUUGCUAAUGAGUAUCAGUAAGCUCAUCAGUUUCGUGUGAAAAAGUUCAAUACAAACAUCUAACACCAUUUUCACAUUAUGGGCACCUUUUGGUCAACCUUUUCUCAUUCAUACUCUUUUAUCUAAGUCAUUUCCAUUGUCUUCCAAUCUUACUCAUCGCUCAUUUUUUUUUAUUUUCACACAAUCAUCUGAAUAAAUUAACGAUUUUUCUGCAACAAAACUCUCUCCUUUAGUAUGGUUUAUCUUGACCAAGAAUAAUUUCAAUUGCAUUCAAGUUUUUCGUGGUCAAUUUGUGUUGAUUAAAGAAGGAAAAGAUGAAAGAAACAAGGUUAAUCCAGGAUAACAUAAUGAAGAAUAAUUAAUGCCUAAUCGUGCUCAGCUGUUGACAUACAAGUCCACCUAAUAUAAGAUUAAUGAUCCACCAAAAGGAAACAUUUGAGACCACAAUUUAUGCCUAAUGACAAACUAAGCUUAAAUUAUAAUAAUAUUUACAGUUGAGCUUCGGAAUCGUUUGAAUAGGAUAAGUUUAUAAUAAGUGAAUAAAUGCAGGUAAAGAUGGCCAAGUCGGGCUUAUUCAACCAACCCAUUAGAUGAAUAAACUGAAUCUUUAACACUAAUAGAUUUCAUAGUUUAUAAACUUGAAACUGAAAAGGAUGAUUCAUUGAUCUGAUUUUUAAUUAGCUCAACCCAAGAAAUUAAAAACCAAUCAUCAUAA